AUGUUGCCCUUUAUGUUAUGUGAUGGUGAACCUAUGUGUGACCAUAAAGACGAUGAAAUGUUUUGUGAAACAAAUAUAGCAAACUCCAAUGGUUAUCGAAUUUGUGUGUCGGGAAACAUAGGAUCUGGUACACAAGUUGAGAAGUUCUUAUGCGCAUUCGUAUCUCAAAAGAAGAAAAACCGAAUUAUACAUUUAAAACUUGAUAAUACCAUUAGUCCAGUGGAGAAGAUCAAUGAAAAUGUAGUAUCUUCAAGUUUAUCUCCUAUGAAAAUAUCUUCUAAAAUAUCUCUUCGACUUCAAUUUCGUUGUCAUCGUGGUCUUAGUUUACGUGUUUGGUCGAAUAAUAAAAGUGGCUUAAUAACAAAUCCAGUAUGUUUUUGUCCACCUAGUUAUUAUGGUGAUGAUUGUCAAUAUCAAAAUCAACGUAUCAGUCUUGCUAUUAAAUUUCGAGCUCCAUCCGACUCUUGGCGAACACAAUUUGCAAUCAUUAUUUCACUUAUUGAUGAUGAUGAUGACCGAGUCAUUCAUUCAUAUGAGCAAAUCACGUACUUAUCAUGGAAGAAUUGUUACACAAAAUUUCAAAUUUAUCUUCUUUAUUCUACUCGAUCAAAAAAUUUAACUAAAAAUUAUUCAAUACACAUUGAUAUUUAUGAAAUAAAAACAUUAGCUCAUCGAGGAAGUUUAUUAUUACCAAUUCUUUUCCCAUUUUUACCUGUUCAUCGUCUCGCAUUCAUUGUUAAUAUUCCUCGAACUAUUAAUACUGAAAAUCAAAUUUGUGCAAAACAAUCAUGUAUUCAUGGGGAAUGUGUCAAAUAUGCAAAUAUUCCAGAGAAAUCUUUUUGUCGAUGUCAUGAAAGAUGGUCUGGACGAUAUUGUACCAUACAACAUACCUGUACGUGUUCAUUUGGCUCAUUAUGUAUUGGAAUUACAGCUAAUAAUCGAUCAAUAUGUGUCUGUCCGCUAAAUAAAUUUGGUCCUCGAUGUCUUCUCACCGAUACAAUAUGUCAAAUUAAUAAUCAAAACAUAUGUAAAAAUGGUGGUGAAUGUACUGCAAUCAAUCGUCAUAUAAUCUUCAACAAAGAAUUUGUAUGUGUCUGUCCAACAGGCUAUAGCGGAGAUCGAUGUAAUAUAACUGAUAAUGAACUUAAUUUAUCAUUUAACAAAGAUAUUAUUCUGCCACAAGAAAUAUUUUUUCAUUUUAUUGAAGCCAGUGGAAACGCUACACAUAAACGAUCAACAACUUUUCGAAAAAUUCCAAUUAAAGAAGAUUUAAUCAGCAUCACUUGGCCAAAUCAAUUUCAUAUUGUUUUUAUUGAACUUAAUAAGACAAAACUUGAUAAAAAAUACUAUUUAGUUAUGUAUCAAAAAACUUAUACUCAAUCAAAAGUAACUAAGAAAAUAAUUAAUCCAUCAGAUCACUGCCCACAUAUAAAUGAAAUAUUUAAAGAAAACUUUAAUGGAACAUUUCCUCAAUGGCAUCUUAUCCAUCGUAUUAAAUAUUAUCAUAUACCAUGCCAAAAUCAAUCCUUGAAUCUUUCUUGUUUUUAUGAUACAGAUCAGUUUUGCUUAUGUUAUCAAUUCGGUCAAAAACGUUUGGCUAAUUGCUUUAGUUUUGAUCAUAAUAUGAAAUUCGAUUGUCAAGGUCAAAGUGAAUGUGAUCAUGGUCAAUGUUUUGAAGACGAACAAGAAUGUCCAACAAGAUCAAUUUGUAUGUGUGAUUUAUGCUAUUUUGGACAACGAUGUCAUCUGACUACAGAUGGAUAUGGCUUAUCACUUGAUGUAAUCUUAGGUUAUCAAAUUUCUCCACAUGUUAGCAUCAAUUAUCAGCCAUUGAUUAUAAAAAUAAGUUUAGCAUUAACUAUUAUUUUUAUUAUCACAGGACUUAUCAAUGGUAUUCUUUCUCUAAUUACAUUUAUGAAUAAAACUCUAUGGCAAGUUGGUUGUGGUUUAUAUUUACUCACUUCAUCAAUCACAACUUUAUUUAUAACAAUCAUGUUUGGAUUAAAGUUUUUCAUUCUUCUUCUUUCUCAUAUGUCAAUUAUAUCAAAUCGGUCAUUUUUAUCUGGUCAAUGUUAUUCAUUUGAUUAUAUUUUACGAAUGUUUGUUUCUAUAGAUCAAUGGCUGAAUGCAUGUAUAGCUAUAGAACGAACAACUGCUGUAAUAAAAGGUGUAAGUUUUGAUAAGAAUAAAAGUAAAAAAACAGCAAAAUUAAUGAUGGCUAUUCUCUUUAUUACUGUUGCUGUUAAUUAUGUACAUGAUCCUAUUCAUCGAUAUAUCAUUGAUGAAGUCAAUCAGGAUGAUAGUCGUCAAAAUAGAAUAUGGUGUAUUAUGAAAGAUUCACUUAGUUUAAAAACUUAUAAUUCAUUUAUUCAUACAUUUCAUUUUAUUAGCCCAUUUAUAAUUAAUUUAAUAUCAACUAUAGUUCUUAUAGUAGUGAAAACUCGUCAACAAGCAAAUCUUCAUAAGAAACAAACAUAUAAACAAACUUUAUAUAAAACAAUUAAAGAACAUAAAAAUUUGUUAACUGCUCCAAUUGUUUUAGUUAUUCUUGGUGUACCACGUAUAAUUCUUACAUUUAUAUCAAACUGUAUGAAAUCGCCAAGUGAUGCAUGGUUAUUUCUUCUUGGAUAUUUUAUUUCAUUUAUUCCACCAAUGUUAAUCUUUCUAAUAUAUAUUCUACCUUCAACAGUUUAUAGAAACACAUUUCACAAUACGGUUAAACAAUAUACAACUAAUAUUUUACGUUGGUUCGGUCUCAUACAAUAA